AUGCUCUCCGGAAUACUCCUCUUCAACCAAAAAGGCGAGAACCUCAUCUUCCGCUCCUUCCGCACCGACUGCCGCCCCCGGCUGGCGGACGUCUUCCGCAUCCAGGUCAUCUCGAACGCGCAGGUGCGCUCGCCCAUCCUAACGCUCGGCUCGACCACCUUCAGCCAUGUCAAGCAUGAUAAUAUCUACGUGGUGGCGGUGACCAAGGGGAACGCGAAUGCGGCGCUGGUGUUUGAGUUUCUGGGGCGACUGGUGCAGUUGGGGAGGAGCUAUUUUGGCAAGUUCGAUGAGGAGGCGGUGAAGAAUAAUUUUGUGCUGGUUUAUGAGCUGCUGGACGAGAUACUUGAUUUCGGAUACCCGCAGAACACAGAGACGGAUACGUUGAAGAUGUACAUCACUACAGAGGGCGUCAAGUCCGAGCGGGCCAUGGAGGACUCCUCCAAGAUUACAAUGCAAGCGACCGGCGCCCUCUCCUGGCGUCGCGCCGACAUCAAAUACCGCAAAAACGAAGCCUUCGUCGACGUGAUCGAAGACGUGAACCUCCUCAUGUCCAGCUCCGGCACCGUCCUCCGCGCCGACGUCGCCGGCCAGAUCGUCAUGCGCGCCUACCUCUCCGGCACGCCCGAGUGUAAAUUUGGCCUCAACGACCGGCUGACGCUCGGCGAAGACAACGUGCUGAGCGAGCAGCGAGGAAACCAGAAGGGGACGAAAGCCACAAAAGCCGCCGCGGGCAGCGUGAGCCUUGAGGACUGCCAGUUCCAUCAGUGCGUCAAGCUGGGGAAGUUUGAGGCGGAUCGCAUCAUCUCGUUUAUCCCGCCGGAUGGGGAGUUUGAGCUUAUGCGGUACCGAGCUACGGAGAAUGUGAAUCUGCCGUUUAAGGUUCAUGCCAUUGUUAAUGAGAUUGGCAAGACGAAGGUGGAAUACAGUAUUGCGAUACGCGCGAACUACGGUCCGAAAUUGUUCGCUACUAAUGUGGUGGUGAGGAUUCCGGUACCGUUGAAUACCGCGAAGAUUAGUGAGAGGACCAGUCAAGGGAAGGCAAAGUACGAGCCCGAGGGAAACAACAUUGUGUGGAAGAUCCCGAGAUUUACCGGUCAGAGCGAGUACGUGCUGUCUGCGGAGGCGGAGCUGAGCAGUAUGACGAAUCAGAAGGCCUGGUCGCGGCCGCCGCUGUCGUUGAGCUUCAGCUUGUUGAUGUUCACGAGCUCGGGGCUGCUAGUGAGGUAUCUGAAGGUCUUCGAGAAGAGCAACUACAGCAGCGUGAAGUGGGUGAGGUACAUGACUAGGGCGGGCAACUAUGAGAUACGGUAUGUUUGA